AUGGCCAUAGAAGAUGAGUGGCGGCCUCCACCGUUGAGUAAAGUAAGACUAGACAUUGAUGCUUCAGUAGAUACUCACGGGAAAGCUACAUGUGGCGGCUUGAUCAGAGACCACAGAGGACACUGGGUAGUAGGCUUUAAGCAACAACUUGGAACCUACCCACCUACCAUGGCAGAGUUAAUGGCGAUCAAAGCUGGUCUGGAAAUGUGCCAGCAGCAAAACUUGCGAGAUAUCCUAGUUUACUCUGACUCUAUGGAGGCAAUCAAUACAUUGAUGCGAGAUAAUGGAACCAACCACCCUUUUCGUGCUGAGGUGGAGAAAACCAGGGAGUUGCUUUAUAACUUACCAUCAGUCAAGUUGUUGCAUGAGAAACGAGAGGCAGUGGCAUAUGCUGAUAUCCUAGCAAGGGAAGCUCAGAGAAUGGGAGGAGAACUGGAAGUAUUAUUCUAG